ACAAUAAGGGCCCGCCUUAGUCCGGCCCGCCCUGGGCCACCGGUACCCUUGAACCCGCCCCUGCUGUUCUGUCUCUGGGCAAAUUCCAGGCUCUCUGGCUCGCGAGCCAAAGGCGCGGCGGGGCGAGCCAUGAACCGAAUGGGCGCUCUGGGCUCCGCGAGGCUGCGGUUGGCGCUGCUGGGGACGCGGGCGGCACUCCCUGGCCUCGGCUCGUACGGGGCCAGAGCCAAGGCGGCGAUCCCCUCCGCCCUCCCUGCGGCCCAGGCGGCUGAGGCUCCCGGAACCGGGCCUGGAGAUCGGAGGCUGCGGAGCCUGGACGAGCUUUCAGGGCCAGGGCAGCUGCGCCUCUUAUUCCAGCUGUUGGUGCAAGGCUACGUUCUGCAUUUGCACCAGCUCCAGGUGCUGACCAAGGCCAAGUACGGCCCAAUAUGGAUAAACCGAGUAGGGCCUCAGAUGCACGUGCACCUGGCCAGCGCCCCACUGCUGGAGCAAGUGAUGCGCCAAGAGGGCAAGUACCCAGUGCGGGACGACAUGAAACUAUGGAAGGAGCACCGGGACCAGCAAGGCCUGUCCUAUGGGCCCUUCACCACGAUGGGAGAGCAGUGGUACCGGUUGCGCCAGACUCUGAACCAGCGGAUGCUGAAGCCAGCCGAGGCUGCGCUCUACACGGAUGCUCUGAAUGAGGUGAUCGAUGACUUCAUGGAUCAACUGAAACAGCUGCGGGCGGAGAGUGCCUCGGGGGACCACGUGCCUGACAUCGCUCACCAAUUCUACUUCUUUGCCUUGGAAGCUAUUUCCUACAUCCUAUUUGAGAAACGUAUUGGCUGCCUGGAGCGCUCCAUCCCCAAGGACACUGAGACUUUCGUCAGAUCUGUCGGGCUCAUGUUCCACAACUCUCUCUUUGCCACCUUCCUCCCCAAGUGGACUCGUCCCCUGCUGCCCUUCUGGAAGCGGUACCUGGAUGGCUGGAAUACCAUAUUCUCUUUUGGAAAGAAGCUGAUUGAUCAGAAAUUGGAGGAGAUGGAGGCCCAGCUGAAGACAGGGAAUCCAGAGAAGACCCAGAUAUCUGGUUAUCUGCAUUUCCUGCUGACCAGCGGACAGCUCAGUCCUCGUGAGGCUGAGGGCAGCCUGCCCGAGCUACUCUUGGCUGGAGUAGACACGACAUCCAACACGCUGACGUGGGCCCUGUACCAUCUUUCAAAGAACCCAGAGAUCCAGGCGGCCUUGCAUAAGGAAGUGGUGGGCGUGGUGCCUGCUGGGCAGGUGCCCCAGCACAAGGACUUAGCCCGCAUGCCCCUGCUCAAAGCUGUGCUUAAGGAGACCCUGCGUCUCUAUCCUGUGGUCCCUGUGAACUCCCGAGUUGUCGUGGACAAGGAAAUUGAAGUUGGUGGCUUCCUCUUUCCCAAGAACACCCAGUUUGUGCUGUGCCACUACGUGGUUUCCCGGGACCCUGACAUCUACCCUGAGCCUGACAGCUUCCAGCCCCAGCGUUGGCUAAGGAAGAACCAGCCUGAUGCCCUCAAAACCCAGCACCCUUUUGGCUCUGUGCCCUUUGGCUAUGGGGUUCGGGCUUGCCUGGGCCGCAGGAUUGCAGAGCUGGAGAUGCAGCUGCUGCUGACAAGGCUGAUCCAGCAGUAUGAGGUGGUCCUGGCCCCUGAGACGGGGGAGGUGACGAGUGUGGCUCGCAUUGUUCUGGUUCCCAACAAGAAGGUGGGCCUGCUUUUCCUGCAGAGACAGAGCUGAGCUGAGCCCUUGCUUCCCCACUUUCCGGGCACACAAAGAUGGAGAGAAAGCACAUACCAGGCGCCAGAGGUUGGAGAACCUCAGGGUGCUUCCUGCAGAACCUGAGCUUUUGCUACUUUGUAUCAUGUUGAGCAUCUCUCUCAAAUGAAAGGCUGCUGCCAUGGCACAUUGCUAACCUUGAGGGAAAAUACU